CCAACCCAAACACACCAAACUCUUUUUCUUUUUUCUUUUUUUUUAAAAUCAAUGCAAGCACUGUGAUUGCAUGUUUAGGCGAUCUACAACAAGGAGAAGAAGAAAAGCAGAUUAGAGCUACGAUCAAACCCCUAGACCAGGAAGAGCACCUUGUCUACUGCUGCAGAUUUCCUCUCCUUUGUCGAGCAAUAGGGGAGAGGCACUAAGAGGAAGAAAAAGAGAGAAUUCGAUCAUGUCGUUCUCAUUCUUUAAGCCGUCGCGGCCCAAGACACCGCAGGAGGUGGCGAAGGCGAUCAAAGACAGCCUCGUCGCCCUCGAUACCAAAACCGUCGUCGAAGUUAAGGCCCUCGAAAAGGCUUUGGAAGAAGUAGAUAAGAAUUUUGCAACAAUGAGAUGCAUGCUAUGUGGAGACGGGGAAGUUGAACCUAACGUGGAACAAGUUUCACAGCUUGCGAUUGAAUUCUGUAAAGAGGAUGUUCUUGCUCUUUUGCUUCACAAGUUGCCCAUAUUGGGAUGGGAAGCAAGGAAGGAUUUAGUACACUGUUGGUCCAUAUUGUUGAAGCAAAUGGUUGGCUCUACACAUUGCUGUGUACAAUAUAUUGAGAACCAUCUUGAGUUACUAGACUUUCUUGUUGUUUGCUAUGAUAACAAGGAAAUUGCCUUGAAUUGUGGACAAAUGUUGCGGGAGUGCAUCAAAUUUCCAACACUUGCAAAAUACAUACUAGAGUCUGCAAGCUUUGAAUUGUUCUUCAAAUUCGUGGAGUUACCGAACUUUGACAUUGCUUCUGAUGCUUUCUCUACCUUUAAGGAUCUUCUUACUAAACAUAGUGAUGUGGUAUCUGCAUUUUUGGCUGCUCAUUAUGAAGAGUUCUUUGAUCUUUACGAAAAACUCAUGACAUCUUCGAAUUACGUGACAAGAAGGCAAUCUUUAAAGCUUCUCUCGGAAUUCCUUUUGGAGUCUCCAAAUUCCCAAGUAAUGAAGCGCUAUAUUUUAGAAGUUCGGUACAUGAAAGUCAUGAUGACAUUGCUGAAGGAUUCAAGGAAAAACAUUCAAAUAGCAUCUUUCCACAUUUUCAAGGUUUUUGUUGCUAAUCCUAAUAAGCCUCGCGAAAUAAAGGUUAUUUUGGCAAAAAAUCAUGAUAAGUUGCUACAAUUGCUUCAGAAUUUGUCUCUUGGGAAAGGUUCUGAUGAUGAACAAUUUGAAGAGGAGAAGGAACUUAUCAUGAAGGAGAUUGAAAGAUUAUCUCGCUUGCCUGAACUUGUGUCAUAGGUUUCUUCUCCAACUGCCUUUAUCCUUAAUAUUCUGAUCCUAAUCCUAAAGGUUAAUGCGUGUUAUUUAUACAUAGUGUUCUGCAAUCAUGGGUAACACUGAUGAAUUUCAAAAGCACUAAAACGGAGUGUAAGGUUGUGCUGUUGUAAUACUGUUCAUUUGUUUGAGUGAAAACGUAAGUUGUGUGCUGAGAAGAAUGCGUAGAUCGUUGGUUUUGUU